GACGGACAACAGAACAGUAAGACAGAAAGAAGUCCAUCUGGAAACACAGCUCCUGUGUGAGGUUUUAGUUUGACUCGUUCCGUUACUGUUCCUUGUGUGGGACAACGCCAGUGAACCAGAAGGACAGGAAGGAGACUGGGAGAGGACAGGACCACGGAUACUGAAUGACCCACCAGCCCACGGCUCUGGAUGUGCACCAGCAGGUUUCGACGUGAGAGGACCGGGUGAGCGUCAGUGCCGACCAUGGUCUGCUGCCGUCCAAACCCCCGGCCCUGUCUGCGGUCGUCGGUCUACACGCUGGCCCUCGGUCUGGGCUUUGUGGUGCUGGGGACCAGCCGCAUACUGCUGCUGAAAUUCUCUGCAAAUGCAGAGAACAAGUACGACUUCCUCCCCGCUUCUGUCAAUCUGCUGGCCGAGGCCCUCAAACUGCUCUUCUGUCUGCUCAUGUCGCUCAGGGUCGUAGUGCGAGAGGGUCGCUCACGUAAGGAACUGGGCUGCUCCUCCUCCGCUCCUCCGUCUCUUGGGUUCCUGAAGUGGUCCGUCCCAGCUUUCCUCUACUUCCUGGAUAACCUCAUCAUCUUCUAUGUCAUCAGCUACAUGCAGCCUGCCAUGGCCGUGCUGUUCUCCAACUUCGUCAUCCUGACCACGGCUCUGCUCUUCAGGCUGGUUUUAAAGAGGCGUCUGUCCUGGGUCCAGUGGGCGGCGCUUGUCAUCCUCUUCCUGUCCAUCAUCUCUCUGACAACAGGUUCAGGAGACAGCAAGCAGUCUGUUGCCCUGCCGGGACUCCACAGCCACCCGUUUCUCAUCCCAACCAACUCCUGCCAGCUCUACACACAGCUGAUGGAGCAGAUGAACAAUAGCAGAGAUCUGGAUUUAAAGACCACCAUCCUGUCAUGUCCUGUACUGCUUCACCUCAGCUACGGCGACUCCUGGAUGUUGGCUAUGCCCGGACAGGCCUGGAGAGACAAGCUGGUGGGGAGGCUUCGCACUCUGGGCUUCGGCCACAUCCUUCUGGUCCUGCAGUGCUUCAUCUCGUCCAUGGCCAACAUCUACAACGAGAAGAUCUUCAAGGAAGGAGACCAGCUCACUGAGAGCAUCUUCAUCCAAAACAGCAAACUGUAUACAUUCGGUCUGGUGUUCAACGCCCUGACCUUGGCGCUGGGCAGGGAAGCACGUGGCAUCACCCUGCACUGUGGUCUCUUCCAUGGACAUAACAUCUACUCCAUAGGCCUCGUGUUUGUCACUGCUGCUCUGGGUCUGUCUGUUGCCUUCAUACUCAAGUUCCGGGACAACAUGUUUCACGUCCUGACGGGUCAGAUCACCACGGUGUUGGUCACCGCCCUGUCCCUUCUCCUCUUCAACUUCCGCCCAUCCCUGGACUUCUUCCUGCAGGCGCCCGUGGUGCUCCUGGCCAUCUUCGUGUACAACGCCAGUCGACCCAAAGACCCGGAGUACAGCCUGCAGCGGGAGAAGCUCCGCGUCAUCAACGGGGAGGUGUUUGAGAGGUCCAGAGGGGAUGGCGAGGAGCUGGAGAGGUUAACCAAACCCAACACAGACAGCGAAUCAGAAGAGGAGUCUUUUUAGAGCUGAGCGACUUCAUGAUGAGGAAGCAACUUGUGAUGGGAGUUUUAAUUCCUCUUCUGGUCCAGGUAUAUGUCUGCUGUGAAAUGGACUUUUAUCCCCCUGGACAUCUCGGUGUGACUCGGACUGUUUCUCACUCCAUGACAUUCCUCGGGAUGGAUCACAGUAAUGAAGUGCAGCUUUUGGGGUUGUUGUGGCUCUGAGCUGAGCUCUAUGCAACUGUUAUGUCAUGAUGACACAAACUAAGAUUGUACAUGAUUCUGAAAUAUGCCUGUCUGUUUGAGGAGGCUGUAGUGAAUGUGUCGCAGUGACCGUGAAUGUGUCGCAGUGACGGAUCAGUGUGCGAUGAAGUAACUGUCGUUCUGUGUAGAAAGGUGAAAGCACAAGGGUCUUUUUAUUAAUAGGAUUUAUUUAUUGAGGUUUGAUACCGCACACAGAAAAAUUAUUUUCUGUGGCUACGUGAUUGCAGGGAGGCAGUCCGAAGGAUUUGUUAUUACCACCUUCAGAACGUCGCCGGUUCCAUGAUUGUAUGAUUUGUCUGAUGUCGGUGUUGACCAGAUGGACGUCCUCAGUUAAAGCACAACUCACAAUGCAGCAGUCUGAUGUCCUGGACGACUGUCAAAUCUUUGCCAUUUACGUCCCCCUCUGUCCUCUACUGUUAUUUCAGGUCAGCACCUGUGAGUGCAGAAAUGAAUUUCUGGACUAAACGCUACAGAAUGCAUUCUGGUAGCAUUCAUUGCAUGAAUGGUAGGACAAUGAUCCGUGAAUUUUAUGUCAGGUAACAUUCCACUGUGUUACCUAGAAGAAGGAACGUUGUCUGUGCAACACACCCUAAAAUUGGUGGUUUAUUUGAAUUCCAACAAGGUUAAAUAAUACAUAUUUCCAGAUAUAUACACA